ACACCAGCACCACCUUCUUCCUCCCUUGUCCCUGGCAAAGAAGCAGCUAGCACAGAGGGAACCCACCGAGGGACCGAGCCAAGAAAUGGAGGACUACUACUACUUCCCCGCCUCCUUGGAAACCACAGGAUACGUCGAAGCGGGCUUCCCCGGCCACACCGCUUCCCGCAACCCGAGCUCGCCGUCACCGAGGCCCCGCGACGACGGCGCCAGCGAGCUCCGCCACCACUACCUCAACGCCUGCUUCCGGUGCGGGCGUCUGCUUGCCGGCAACAGGGACAUCUUCAUGUACAGGGGCGACACCCCGUUCUGCACCGAGGAGUGCCGGCAGCAGCAGAUCGAGGCCGACGAGGCGAGAGAGAAGAGGUCCAAGCAGCCCGCCGCCGCGACGGGGGAGCGGCGGCGGCAGAGGCAGAGCAGCAGCCCGCAGAGGAUCCCUGUCUGGGCGCUGUAGAUCGAUGCCUCGAUCGAUCGACCGAACCAAAGGCAUCCUGAACACUACUACGGCGUACGAGCUUCAGAAUUAUUGCGCAUGAAUUGAUUCGCGCAUGUCGACGCCUAAAGUUUGUGGCGCAUGUGGCCUCCAGCUAGCUGGUAGGUUGAGGUUGCCAACGAACAAGCGCGAUGAGCGGGUUGAGCCUCGAGGGGACGCGGGCUAGCCUUGCCGGAAUCGGUUUGUCCCUGUUGUCUUGGAGAAAGAACGGAUCGGCUUGACCGGUUUUUGUGUGGAUUACCGCGUUAGUACAGGUUUUUGUUCCGUUGCCCGGCGCAAUCUGCAACUGGUAUGUGUGUGUUUGUGGUGCGAUUGCCAUGUACUCCAACGUUCUGGUGUGAACUACGACGAGUAAAUACGAAUUGUACGGAAAAUACAACUUUGUAUUUCUUCAUACA